AUGGGCAUGCUUCACCUGGAAAAAAUACACCAAAUGGACAGUAUGAUGAGCUUAAUAAUGGGAAUAUUUCUAACCGUAAUAGGGUCUAUAUUUAUGGCUAUAGCAAACACGUUUAUGAAGUUAGGCCUAAGCGACACAAAGAAGAAGAAAUACAUGUUCACUAACUACUCUUGUGAUAUGAAAUGGUACAUUGGAUUUGUUAUAUAUUGUUUCGGAUCCUUCUUACACAUAAUUGCACUCGGGUUUGCCCCUGCCAGUACUCUAGCACCCAUGAAUUCAUUUGGCUUAAUUGCAAAUGCAAUUGUAGCGAAUAUUUAUCUAAAUGAGAAGUUAGGGAAAAUUGAGAUAAUAUCCACUUUAGGAAUAUUUUUUGGAAUUAGCAUUUGUGCAUGCGCUUCUUUCUUAUGUGACACGAAGGAAAAAGUACAUUUUAACCCUAUUAACAUAAUUGAAAGCUGGAAAAACCCAUGGUAUAUUUUUUAUAUUUUUGUUUCCAUAUUUUUAUCAUUUUUUACAUUAAUUUAUUUAAAUCAUCAAGAAAAUAAAAUUAUAUCAGAAAAUGAAGAAAUAUAUGCAACCAAGAGAUACGUGGAAUUAAAUGCGUAUGAUGAAAAAAAGGAAGAUAUUGAAAAUGGAAAUAAUUUAAACAGUUCAAUAGAUGCUAAAAGAUUGAGUGAAACUGUAAAUACAUACCCCAAAACAAUAGGAUUAUCCUAUGGAUUUUUAGCUGGGUUGAUAGGAUCACAAUGUGUUUUAGAAAUUAAAGAAAUUGUGGCAUUUUUGAAUAUCGGGUUGACAAAUAAACAUAUAUACAAAACACCACUACCACAUCUAUGUUUUGUUUUUCUAUUGAUAUCUAUUUAUCUACAAAUACAUUUUUUAAAUUUGGGAUUGACAAGAGGAGAUGCAACUCUAGUUGUACCCACUUAUUACGUAUUUUGGACAUUUUUUGGAACAUUAGGUGGUUUGGUAAAAUUUAAUGAAAUUGAAAAUUUUAAUUUUAAUUCCAUAUUAUUAUUUUUAGUUGGUUUUGUGUUAACCGUUUUAUUUAUAUCUAUUCUGGCCGUGCAAGAAAUUGCAUUUUUACGUAAAUAUGUCGAUAAAGAAGUACCUGAUAUAUCUCUAGACAAUUUAGAUAUUCAUGCGCAAGUUUUACAAAAUAAAAAAUUAUCAAAACAAGUUAUAUUAAACAUGGGAUUAUUUCCCGUUUCCUUACUUGGUACAACAGUUGGCAGAAAAAGGUUUCGUCCAUUAUAUGAGCGAUUCAGAAGAACUAGAAGCAUUCUAUCAGAUACCCAUAUAGGAGAUCAGCAUUGUGAAUAUUCCAUGGAUACUAAUAUAUACAAUGCUUAUACAUUGCCAUAUGAUAUAUACAAUACCAAUAAGGACAGCUUUCACACCAAGAAGAAAUUAAGAAAUACAGAUAGCGUGGAAAAUACGUAUGUAUUUUGA